AUGGCUGAAGAAGAACACACCUUCGAGACCGCUGACGCUGGUUCCUCUUUGACCUACCCAAUGCAAUGUUCUGCAUUGAGAAAGAACGGUUUCGUUGUCAUCAAGGGUAGACCAUGCAAGAUUGUUGACAUGUCCACCUCCAAGACUGGUAAGCACGGUCACGCUAAGGUUCACUUGGUUGCCAUUGACAUCUUCACCCAGAAGAAGUUGGAGGAUCUGUCUCCAUCUACCCACAACAUGGAGGUUCCAUUCGUCACCAGAACUGAGUACCAACUGUUGGACAUCGAUGACGGCUACUUGAACUUGAUGACCAACGAUGGUGAGACCAAGGAUGACGUCAAGGCCCCAGAGGGUGAGUUGGGCGACAAGCUGCAAGCUGACUUCGACGAGGGCAAGGACUUGUUGGUUACCGUCAUCUCUGCCAUGGGUGAGGAGGCCUGUGUCUCCUACAAGGAGGCUCCAAAGGGCAACUAA